AUGAAAACUGAGAAGAAUUUAAAUCAAAGAAAAAGGCUUGCGUAUGCUUUAAUAAGAGAAGAAAAACCUUCGGGUAAUUUAAAACAUUAUUUUCUGCACUUAUUUCCGUUAUCUAGUAUAAGUAACCCUCAUAUUGGUAUGUUUUAUUGUCAUAUUGGAUUUUUUUUACGACUUAGAAAGACAGAAUUCUCAUUUGAUUCUCUUUCUUCACGUUUAAGACCACAAAUCAAAUAUUCUUGAUUGAAUCUCCUCACAAAAAAUCAUAAUUUAUCAGUCAAUUUUUUUAACAACAAUAACUCAACAGCAGUUAAAUACUAA